AAAGAUAAAGAAAUACGAUAUUAUUAUUAUUAUUAUAUAUAUGCAGAACAAUUAUUGUAUAUUUUGGGUUUAGCUGGCGGGGCGGGAUUGUAGGAGGUCAAAUUAUCCGCCGACCACCUUCGCCGGUCGAGCCAGCUGGAACAGGGUCGCACCCGGCCUUUUAGCCGUCGAGCCCAUGGUUGUCCGGUGGGUCGCCAUGGCGGCGCGGCAUAGACCAGAGUCAGUGUCACACCUCCCUCUGUUUUUUCAAUGAAUUUAUGUCAGGGACUGAUACAGCCUCUUUAUUUUCGCCCUCGCUCGGAGAAAGAAGCGUGUUUCUGUCAUCUGUGUUGCAAAUCUCUCUCUCUCUCUCUCCCCCCGCCCCCCCUCUCUCUCUUUCUCUAUAUUUAAAAUUAUAUAUUAGUAGAUAGAGAUUUAUUGAAUAGAUGGAUAGAUGUAGAAAUCCUUGACCAGUCAUCACAGCACUCCUCUCCAAAAUUAUUUUUUUCGCCAUUUUUUGUACUGUCACUUUCUUUCUCUUUCGUCAACCGAAGAAACUACAGGGCGGGGGGGAAGGAAGAGAGAGAGAGGGGGGACGGAGUAGGUAGAGAUAUGGUUGUGAUUACGCCAGAAAGAAAAACAAAAGACAAGGAGCAAACAUAGCAAGCUAUUGCAGAUAUCUCACCAACAGUUGCUUUGUCAAAACUUGAGAUUAAGGUAAGAGGUUUAGAGAGAGAGAGAGAGAGAGAGAGAGAGAGAGAGAGAGGGGAAUGCGUUGGUGGGCAUUGGGGGAAACCAGUUUUGCUGCGCCUGUUGACAUGUUCGUGUGCAGCAGAUACAUAAGACGAAGAGGACGAAGAAGAUGCAGAGAUCAUUGAAUCGGGGGUAGUAGUCAUGGUGGAUCGGCUAAGAAGCGCAGUACUAGCUUUGACUAUUCUGUUCGUGGCGUUUCGCUGCACAUUCGAACAGCUGACUUUGCCCAUUGAGCGAGCAGCUCUGCUGCAACUGAGAUCGUCCUUAGGGUUGCGAAGCAAGGAGUGGCCGAGGAAGGCUGACCCUUGCUCACGCUGGAUUGGCGUUCAAUGCCGAGAUGGUCGAGUUGUUGGGAUCAACAUUUCUGGGUUCAGGCGAACUCGAGUCGGCGCCCAAAACCCACAAUUCUCCGUCGAUGCUCUUGCUAAUCUCACUCGUUUGGAGUCCUUCAAUUCAUCGAUGUUCGCGCUUCCCGGUUCGAUCCCAGACUGGUUCGGCCAGCGGCUCCUGGCUCUCCAAGUGCUUGAUCUUCGUUCUUGUUCGCUCAUUGGUGCGAUUCCUCCUAGUCUGGGAAAUUUAACUAAUCUUACAACUUUAUUCUUAUCUGAUAAUAGCCUUACUGGGAUAAUUCCUUUGAGUUUGGGUCAAUUGUUUCGCCUUUCGGUUCUUGAUCUUUCUGCCAAUUCGCUCACUGGGUCGAUCCCUCCGAUGUUUUCGUUUCUUAGGAAUCUCUCUUUCGUUGACAUUUCGUCGAAUUUCUUGCUUGGCCCAAUUCCACCGAUCAUUGGGACUUUAUCCAGUCUUCGAUUCUUAAAUCUUUCCAACAACAGUCUAUCUUCACCCGUGCCUCCUCAACUCGGUGACCUUCGUAGUUUGGUUGACCUUGAUCUCAGCUCAAAUUCUUUGUCCGGGACACUGCCUGCGGACUUAAGAGGGCUUAGGAACUUGCAGAAAAUGGUGAUUGGGAACAAUAUUCUUUCGGGGCCGUUGCCAGAUAAUUUGUUUACUUCGCUUACUCGCCUGCAGUUCAUUGCUCUCAGUGGCAAUAACAUCUCUGGUGUAUUCCCUAAUAUGCUGUGGUCGAUGCCCGAAUUGCGCUUUCUCGACAUCUCGAACAAUAACUUCACUGGAAAUUUGCCCAAUAUAAGUUUGGAAACUAAUGUCACGGUUGCUGUGUUCAACCUCUCUGGGAAUAUGUUUUAUGGAAAUCUCACAUUGGUACUUAGUAGGUUCAGUUUUAUUGAUCUGUCCAAAAAUUAUUUUGAAGGCAGAGUUUCAGAUUAUGCACCGACAAAUGCAUCACUUGAUAGGAAUUGUCUCCAAAGUGUGUCCAAUCAGAGGACUUUGGAGGAAUGUGUAUCAUUCUACGCAGAGAGGGGCCUUACUUUUGAUAAUUUUGGACGCCAAAAUGACACCCAACUGCCUAGGUCAACAGCUCCUGGGAAGAGCCACAAAAAAUUGAUCAUUUUGGUAUCUGUGCUGGGGGGAGUCGGAUUAAUUUUGCUUUUGGUUGUUGUACUGCUAUUGUUGUUCAUAUGCUGCCGUAGGAAGGGUGUUACAAACCAAAGAGGGAUUGGUGUGGGUCCAGUUCCUACAAGGGGUAAUCCGCCAUCUUCUGGUUUACCUAUUAACUUUUCGAGUCUAGGAGAAUCAUUUACGUAUCAGCAGUUGAUCUUAGCAACGGGUGAUUUUAGUGAUACAAACCUUAUCAAACACGGUCACUCUGGUGAUCUUUUCCGAGGUAUCCUGGAAAAUGGGAUCCCUGUUGUCAUCAAAAGAAUUGAUUUGCAUUCAGUCGAGAAGGAAGCAUACCUUUCAGAGUUGGAGUUUUUUAGUAAGGUUUCACAUAUAAGAUUGGUUCCCCUCCUGGGACACUGCUUGGAGAAUGACAGUCUGAAGUUCCUGGUUUACAAACACAUGCCAAAUGGAGACUUAUCAAAUUCCUUGUACAGGAAAAACAAUUUGGAGGAUGAUAGUUUACAGUCAUUGGAUUGGAUAACAAGAUUGAAAAUUGCAAUUGGGGCUGCGGAGGGUCUCUCGUAUCUACAUCACGAGUGUACUCCUCCCCUUGUACACAGAGAUGUUCAAGCAAGUAGUAUACUUCUUGAUGAUAAAUUUGAAGUAAGGCUGGGAAGCCUGAGUGAAGUUUGUGCUCAAGAAGGAGAUAGUCAUCAAAAUGUGAUUACCAGGUUUCUGCGGUUGCCACAGACAUCUGAACAAGGCCCUUCUGGUUCACCAACGGCAAUAUGUGCCUAUGAUGUUUACUGCUUCGGGAAGGUGCUGCUCGAGUUGGUAACGGGUAAAAUGGGCAUUAGUGCAUCCAGUGAUGCCAGUGUGAAGGAAUGGUUAGAUCAGACGCUACCUUACAUCAGUGUAUACGACAAAGAACUCGUGACAAAGAUUGUGGACCCCUCUCUCAUCAUAGACGAGGAUCUGUUAGAGGAAGUGUGGGCAAUGGCCAUUGUUGCAUGGUCUUGCCUCAAUCCCAAGCCUUCAAGGCGGCCUCUCAUGAGAUACAUUGUCAAAGCCUUGGAGAACCCCUUAAAGGUUGUAAGGGAAGAAAAUACAGGCUCUGGGAGGCUUAGAACUACUUCUUCUAGAGGCUCUUGGAAUGCCGCUCUGUUUGGUAGUUGGCGUCAGAGCUCAUUAGAUUCAGCUGCCAUUCCAGCAACUCCCGGUAAUAAAGCAGAAGCAGGGAGCAGCUUAAAACUGCCAGGAACCAACGGUUCUCAGGGUAGCGGCCAUAAUGGGGGAACUGAUCAUUCAUCCUCCCAGAGACGGCAAUCCAGGGAAGUAGCCCCUGAACCAUCUGAUGUGCAUGAUGUAGAGUGACUGUGCGAGGACUAGCAUACUGGAGGGUUUUAUCUUUCUUGAUUCUUUCUCAAUAAUAUGGCAGGCUCCCCAUUCGUGUGCCCUGCUCAUUGGUACCUCGGAGGCCCCUCAUGUUUUUGGAGUUUUGGGGGGUUUCAAGCUACUUCUGUUCUUAGUGGGGUUGGGGGUGCGUAAAUGGUGCACAGCCCCUUCCAAGGAAAACUUAUACUUGAAUUUUGAGGGAUGGAUUAUUUCUGCAGUACAGCGGCUUGAAGCUUGCAGGGAUGAAUGUAGUCCAAGAGAAGUGGUUGGGAGGGGGUUCCAAUCAUGGUUCAGUAGUGAUCUGAUUGAGGGCAUGUUUUAGGUUACCAUUUUUUAUUUGUAGUUCAUCUUUGCCUCUGGUCCUCUUGCAGAAUGUAAAUUUUAUUGAUUUGGGCUUUCUUCUUUUGGUUCUGACUUUCAUUUUUUUUUUUAAUUCGGGAAAAACGAAGCCAGAAGAAGGAUAAUACUGUGUUAAGGUUUUAAUUUUUUUCCCAUAUAAAUAUUCGAAGUUGAAAUUAUUGAAUCCUCCUCCACAGUAACACUAUAAAAGAGUUGUGAAUAUCAGGGCAACAUUUUUGAAUUAGAUUUUAAUUUCAUUUUGGUUUCUUUCC